UUAUCGCUGUGAGGCGUAGAGAUGAAGCCGCUCGGGAUUUACGUUUUUUUGGUGAUUUCUCAUCUUUCAACUGUUUACCUCGCGCCUGCUCGAAUCGAUCCUGUAGAAACCACUAAUUUGGAGUACUUAGUAGAUGGUGAUGUUAUAUCAACAGAUCCGAGAUCUUCACCCGAGGUGACUGAGAAAGAUGUUCAGGAUUUCCUGAGACAAUUUGGCUUUCUCAAAGACACCUAUGCCGUGCAUAACGUCGGCAAUAGAAUGGAUCAGGCCCUGGAAGAUCAAACCUCACUUGCACUGAAAAAAUUUCAACAUAGAAUGCAACUGCCCGAAACUGGUACGCUGGAUGACGACAUGAAGCGACUUAUCGCCGCUCCGAGGUGUGGUGUCGCCGAGCUGAACUCCGGGAAUGAAAAAUGGUCCCGCAAAUCGUUGACCUAUAAGAUAAGAAGUUUCCCGCCGAGCAUUGGUUUGGACGCGGCCAGAAAGAACAUCAAACGGGCAUUUGACGAGUGGACCAGGCAUAUUGAUUUAAACAUAACGGAAGGGACGCGGAGCAACGCUGAUAUUUACAUAAGCACUGAGAAAGAAAUUCAUAAAGAUCGACUGGGAAUGGAAUGUCGAUUCAGUAGCAAUUCCACUGUGGCGCAUGCGUUUUUUCCCGAGAUUGGUGACAUUCACUACAAUAAUAUGUUGACAUAUUCGCCAGAGCAGUUCUUCAGUGCGACUUUGCACGAAAUCGGUCAUACCCUCGGGUUGGAGCACAAUAAUUCGCGAACUUCGAUUAUGUUUCCUAUGCAUAUUCGGUAUCAUACUAAAAUUCCGCUUCAGGAUCGUUCAGCUCUUCUUGCCAUGUAUGACGCCCGUCGGAUCGCGGAUCGACCCAGAAAAGUAUCACUAGCUUCUCCGGGUCCGAGACUUUGUUCCUUGCCUAAAAUUGACACCAUUUUGAAUGACGCAUCGGGCGCAACGUUUAUUUUAGCAGAAGACUAUUAUUUUCUGCUGAGUGAAUUCAAUCCCAAAGGGAAGCCGAUAUCAACGAAAUGGCCGCAUCUGCCCACCAACAUUGAUGCCGCAUUCACCUGUCACAGUAAUAAGACAUUUUUCUUUAAAGGAAGUGAACUGUGGGUUUAUGCGGAAGAUCAGCUCGAGGCCGGAUAUCCGAGAGCAAUUUCUAGUGAGCUCCCCGGAUUGCCAAACGAUAUGAGUGCUUUGUACCAGACGCGUGCUGGAAGUCUCAUCGCUGUCAAGGGGAAGCACUAUUGGUUCUAUAAUCCUGCGAAGAAACCCCCUGUGAGCAGCCACUUCCCGAGAUUAGUGUACGAUUUCAGGGGCAUGCCGGUGAAUAUGGACGCCGCUCUGCACCAUACCGAUGGGCGGUUUUAUUUCUUCCAAGGUAGGAAUUAUUUCACGCUUUCCACGAAAGGUUUUACUGUUGGUCCUGGACAGCCACUGGAAAGCAAGUGGUUUAGAUGUUGAUGUGACUCGUAAAUCACAGGUUGAGUUAGAUAUAAUAGUUAUGAAUGAGUAAGUAAAUAAACUAGGUACAUUUCCUGAGCCUCAUUAAUGUGCCAUUAACAAUU